CACACGGCGAGUACAACAACAAGGGGACGCGAGCGCAAAGUCACAGUGGUUGACAAGCCAAAGCAGAAACGCUGCCCAGCAAAGACGCCACCAUGCGGGCCACGAAGAGAGCGAUCUGCUGGAGACUUUUUCUAUGUUCCUGUCUGUUUUUGGAGAGUUCCCUUCAAGACUUUGGCGCACAGACGCAGUUCAUUUGCACGUCUGUACCCAAGGAUAUGGAUAUAUGCGCAGCCACCUUGCAGAACAGUGUGCCGGGAGAGGACUUGAAGACCACUGUCAUGCACCUGCGGGAGACGGUUCUGCAGCAAAAGGAGACGAUCAUGAACCAAAAAGAGACAAUCAGGGAACUCACCUCAAAGUUGGCGCGGUGUGAGAGCCAGAGCGGCGCCGAGCCUGGGGACGCGCGCCCGGGGGGCAGGAGAAAAGAAGCUGGGACCAAAAACACAAUGGGGGAUGUAUCGAGGGGCCCCGCUGACACUUUGACGCAACUCUCACAGACUUUACAGUCGCUGAAGCAGCGACUAGAAAACCUGGAGCAAUUCAGCAGAAAUAACAACUCAGUGCAGGCAAGCAGCCUCAAAGACCUGCUACAGAGUAAAAUUGACGACCUGGAGAAGCAGGUCUUGUCCCGGGUGAACAGCAUCGAGGAGGGAAAGCCUGGACUCAGAAAUGAGACCGAGCAGCGUGGGAGAGUCGAGUCCACGCUCACGUCUCUACACCAGAGGAUCACAGACCUGGAGAAAGGUCAACGAGAAAACAGGCCACUGGAUAAAUUCCAGCUGACGUUCCCACUGAGAACAAACUACAUGUACGCUAAAGUGAAGAAGAGUUUGCCAGAGAUGUAUGCCCUCACAGUGUGCAUGUGGCUCAAGUCCAAUGCGUCUCCUGGAGUGGGCACACCUUUCUCCUAUGCAGUCCCUGGCCAAGCCAAUGAGCUGGUCCUCAUAGAAUGGGGAAACAACCCCAUGGAGAUACUAAUAAAUGACAAGGUUGCGAAGCUGCCGUUUCUCAUCAACGACGGAAAGUGGCAUCACAUCUGCGUGACCUGGACAACUCGCGACGGCGUUUGGGAAGCUUUCCAAGAUGGCGUUAAGAGAGGAAGUGGAGAGAAUCUGGCUCCGUAUCAUCCCAUCAAACCGCAAGGCCUGCUGAUCCUCGGUCAGGAGCAGGACAUGCUUGGAGGAGGAUUUGAUGCCACACAAGCUUUUGUCGGAGACCUGGCGAAUUUUCACAUCUGGGAUCGGAAACUAUCCGUCGGAGAGAUUUAUAAUCUAGCGACUUGCAGCAGCCGAGCACAAGUGGGCAAUGUUUUUGCAUGGAUGGAGACUAGCCUCGAUAUUUACGGAGGCGCAUCGAAGUGGACAUUCGAAGCUUGUCGUCAGCUCAACUGAACUUGCAGGAAAGAAAAAAAAAAAAAGAUCAGUGCAGUUGUUAUAGCCACUGUUGUCACAGCAGCAAAUGUGAAAGAUCGGGAAGGGGGUGUUUCAAUUAAUAGCACCUGGACUUGUGAUAAAUAUUUGAAAGCAUCAUUCAUGGACACCUCGGUAGAUUUUGACCAGAUCCUCAAGAGGGUCACAUCACUGGAAGUGGACACUUUGGCAUCCCGUGUUGCUUGAUGACACAUCAGGCGUUCAUGUGGUUUCAUUUGAAAGAGUAGCUGGGGUCUGUCCAGGGAACAGUGGAUGUUCACAGAGACCAAAACAUCUGGCCGGCAUCACAAGUACAGUAGGGGGUCGUGUAGUGUAUAGUGAGCAGAUGUCACACCUUUCAAAUGACUGACUUCUUCAAUUGUCUUUUGUGUCUCGACUGCCAGGGAUUUUCACUGUGAAAAAGGACAAGAUGGACUUCUUUAAAAAGGAACGCUUUCUUCAAGAGGUUGUUUCUCUCUCACGCUUCGCUCUCUACCACCACCUGCUUGACGUGAUCUUGUGUAAAGAAUGACGCAUUUAUUGCCAAUAUUCGAGCCUGAGUGCCUUGGGCUGUUGAAAAGAAUCUCAGCACAUUCAUUAUAUGAUUUGCAGAGUCUUUCGUUUUUGUUUCCUGUAAAAUAUUUUCAAAAGAGGUGACACUUUGAAUGAGGAUGGAUUAGAUUUAGUGUGAAAUGCAAUUCAACGAUGACAACGGCGCAUUUUUGCAGAUGUUUGUACCUGGAAAUGUUUUCUGUACAGUAACAGCAUGUCUUAACUUCUGUAAAUGCUGCGUCAGCAUCUAUGAUCUUUGCUUUUACCUUCCUACUUUUGGGUAGGGAUUUUAUACUGUAUUGUUAUAUGCUUAAAGCAUGGCGACACCAACAGAUGAAAAAAAAGUUUUAGUUUUUGUAAUAAAUUGUGAUACUUGAAUCAUA